CAAACGCUUGUUGAAUAGGAAUGACAAGGAAACAUGACAAGCGCUAAAGAUGAACCCCGUACGCUGCUAUAACCGCGCGCGCGCUCUCGUCCCUUCGCGUCGCCACGCGAUUUGAACGUAAAUCUGAGCGGAGCCACGAGGAAAGCCGCCUGGGACCGAGCCAAAAAAUUACAACUGAAAGCAGAAACCCAGCCCCGCUUCGAUUACGCGCCGAGAGAGGGAGCACGCUGAUAGUGACAGCGGCACUUCAACAACUCAUCUGCGAUCGACCGCGCGAUACCAGAUCCGUUUUUUUUUUCUGCCGUGCAGCCCCAGAGGAUGUAGACGUCGGCCUGCUGUCUUUGGCAUGUUCGUUUUAACGGGACCCGUCGCCAGUGGCUCGUUUGAACAGGCGAUGCCUUCCUCACGCGUUUUGUGGCGCAAACUACAGCAACCGCACGCGCGCGCCAGCGAUUCGUUGUUCGACCUGCCCGUACGUGUAUUGAUAGUUUAAAAAUAUGCCUGGGUUUUCGAUUUGAACACUUUUGCGGGGACGGAAAACAGCGUAUUCGGCAGGGAGGAGCAAUAAGGAGCUCGGUCUACUCUUCGGCUUCCACGGCAGUAUCGCGGAGGGCUGUUUUGAUGGAGCUGGAGAAUAUUGUUGCAAACACGGUGCUCCUGAAGGCGAGAGAGGGUGGAGGAGGGAAACGUAAAGGAAGAAGUAAAAAAUGGAGGGAGAUCCUUCGUUUUCCUCAUAUCAGUCAGUGCACGGAGUUGAGCAAAACUAUUGAGCGGGACUAUUUCAGCCUGUGUGACAAGCAGCCCAUCGGGAGACUUCUGUUCCGCCUCUACUGUGAGACCCGUCCAGAGCUGCAGCGAUGCAUCCAACUCCUGGACGCCAUGGAGGACUACGAGGUGACACCCGACGAGAAGAGGAAGAGUCGAGGAGAUGAGAUCAUCAAGAAGUUUCUCACCAAGCAGUCCUCUGAGUGUGUAGAUAUAGCUGAAGGUCUCGCUGAAAGUUGCAGAGAAAAUCUAGAACUGAGCCCCUGCAAAGAGAUCUUCAGUGACUGUCGCAAAGCUCUUCAUGACUACUUAAGUGGUGCUCCUUUUGCUGACUAUCAGAACAGCAUGUACUUCGACCGCUUCCUCCAAUGGAAAAUGCUCGAAAGACAACCCAUCACGAAAGACACAUUUCGUCAGUAUAGAGUUCUGGGGAAAGGAGGUUUUGGAGAGGUGUGUGCGUGCCAGGUGCGAGCCACAGGAAAAAUGUACGCCUGUAAAAAGCUGGAGAAGAAAAGGAUAAAGAAGAGGAAGGGGGAAGCCAUGGCUCUAAAUGAGAAGCAGAUUCUGGAGAAGGUCAACAGCAGGUUUGUGGUUAGUUUAGCGUACGCGUAUGAGACCAAAGAUGCCCUGUGUCUGGUGCUGACCAUAAUGAACGGCGGCGAUCUGAAGUUUCACAUCUAUAACAUGGGAACCCCGGGCUUUGAGAAGGAGCGCGUGCAGUUCUACGCCGCUGAGAUCUGCUGCGGUCUCGAGCACCUGCACCGAGAGUCUAUCGUCUACAGGGAUUUAAAACCAGAGAAUAUACUCUUAGAUGAUAAUGGUCAUAUCCGGAUCUCAGACCUAGGCUUGGCCAUUAAAGUGCCUGAUGGAGAACAGAUCCGUGGCCGAGUGGGGACCGUGGGCUACAUGGCUCCAGAGGUGAUCAAUAACGAGCGCUAUAGCAUGAGUCCGGACUGGUGGGGAUUGGGUUGUCUGAUUUAUGAGAUGACUGCCGGCCGAUCGCCUUUCCGCGCUCGCAAAGAACGAGUGAAGAGAGAAGAGGUGGAGAAGAGGGUGCAAGAGGAGGAAGAGGAGUACAGCGACAAGUUUUCAGAAGACACCAAAGCCAUCUGCAGGAUGCUGUUAGCCAAAGAUCCCAAGCAGAGGCUCGGCUGCCAGGCGGACGGAGCUGCGGGAGUCAAAGCCCACCCCUUCUUCAAGAACAUCAACUUCAAGAGGCUGGAGGCCGGCAUUCUGGAACCUUCCUUUGUGCCUGAUCCCAGGGCGGUCUACUGUAAAGAUGUUCUGGACAUUGAGCAGUUCUCCACCGUUAAGGGAGUCAACCUGGACCAAACAGACAAUGACUUCUACUCCAAGUUUGCCACUGGCAGUGUCUCCAUCCCAUGGCAAAAUGAGAUGAUCGAGACGGAGUGCUUCAGUGACCUUAACGUAUUCGGGCCCCAGGGGACGCGGCCCCCUGACCUGGACUGGAACCAGCCUCCCGAGCCUCCUCGGCGUAGCCUGCUGGACAGGAUCUUUAGGAGACAUGUGAGGAUCUCCUCCACCUCCACCACAGAGGAACACCCCAGAGAACACAAUAGUUAACUACAGACCAGCAUCCAGAGGUGACCAUCGCUCAAAGCCGGGUCUCGUCUUCCAGCGUCAACUCUGUUGACUCCAUGUCAAACUCUGCCCCCUAGUGGACAGAUUGCCGCGGGACUACAGGGAACAAAAGCGAGUGAGCGAUAAAGAGGGGAAAGAAUGAGAGUGAGGAACUCCUCCUGCCCUUUAAAGACCGGUCGACAGAGCGUGAAAGAGUCCGUUUUCCUUGCCUUGGCCCUCACUAUCCAUCCAUGGCCCGCCGAGAGGACAGGAGGCAAAACAAGCUCCCGUUUUAAAGACCUUUAUUUAUCCGUUUUGUGACAGAAAGGAGAACAUUUAUUCCUUCACCUCACGCUCCCUCAGGAUUGCUGGAACAGUAAAGAGCCACUGACAAUGACAGAAUAUUAACUCGUAUUAUUCAGGGGAUUUUAUCGACAAAGAAAGGCCUCCACAGGGAACGGGAAGGGGGCUUUUUAAACGUUCUUUUGCAAAGGAAAGCUAAUAUAGUGAACUUACGAGACUACACAUCCACUCACAAACGCACACACUUUCUCGUUUCCUCCUCCAUCCCUCACGCAAUACCUACCCAGCCCUUUUUUUUUCUCUUUCCGUCUACACGUAACACCUCCAACCUCAACCCAAAACGUGCAUUGCCUUGCAUACUCUCAGGCCAAAGACAGAGCUUACUAGAGGAAGCCGUUGCCGUGUUUCGCUUCAGAGAGUGACGAAAGGCCUAAAAGCACAAGGAAAUGAAACGAUACAUCAUUUAGCUCAUUUCGUGACGUCGCUGAAAAACAAACUCUUCCGGUCUGCUGAAUGGGAUAGAGGAUUUAGUCAUGAUUUUCUCAUUCUCAUGUCGUUCCGAACCUGUAUGACUUUCCUUUUUAAGGAGAACAUAAAAGUAGUACAUUGGAAACCAAACCGUUUUGAUCGACUGCACAAAACAAUGGAAGUGAAUGGGAAACAAAACUGCUUGGUUAGCAACUUUCUUCCAAAUAACUAUCUAGAAUUUAUAUAUAUAUAUAUCUCAACAGAAGAAACAGGAUCUGGAACGACAUGAGAGUGAUCAAAUAAUGGCAAAAAAAUCAUUUUGAUCACUGUCCCUUUAAGACUAAAUUCCGUUAUCUAGAUCUCAUCCGCUCUGUUUGUCAGUCGCUAAACGUAAGCUGAAAGUAUCUCCGUAUGAUCACUUCCUUUGUGCAUAAAGGCCUUCGGCUGUGGUGAAAGGUGGAGCCAUCUUUAGUGGGAGUGGCUUUUGGGUAGGUAGGCCGUCUACCAGCAGACACAUAGCCAAUCACAGCACAACAAGUCAGUCAGGGAGUCCUUCUCAUCUCAUUAUUCACAAGUGGCUCAUUUAGCUGAUUUACAGAAAACAAAUGACUGAACCGGUUGGUUGCUUCAGCUUUCGUAGGCAAUUUGGCGUUAAAUCGGAGGUCAUCGCUGGACUCUACUUAAACAUUGCUGAUGUGGAAAACGGUUUGAAAAUAUGCUUGAUUUGCAUCGCGGCAGCUCCGAGUAGAAACCAUCUAAUGAUCUACACCAUAAUCACGCCACAGCUGAGCACUUAUACUUAGAGGACAACAAAACCGCUUUCCUUCCAGAUUUGGUGUUCCAGAAAUAUGCCUUCAUUUCAUCCGAUUUCAACCACUACUAGACUGAAACUGGCAAAACACACACACAGUACACCAGACUCAUGAACUUUCAUACCUCAGCAGCUGUUAUCUCUUAUUUAUACCGUUUCCGACUGGUAGAAAAACAUUUCAUCCAUCUUUCCCAACUGUAAAUGUACUCAUUUUAAAGAAGCGUGCAGGAUUUCAGUCCCGAAUCCGGAACGCACUGCCCUCAAAUGCAUUUAUAUCCCCGCGUAGAGGAUCUGUGAUUAGUUCUGUAGCGUUUCCUCUUAAACGGUAGUUAAUAGAUAACUGAACGGAAUACGAAUCUCGACCUUGUAAUCUAGCGUUCACGAUACCAUUCCCGAGGUUUUUAUACGCUCAUCAGCGCAUCCCAAGACAAAUCAAGUGUAUUAAAAUGGUGACUUUUGACGAGUCCGUACGCUAAGUGCCAUGUCAUUUCCAAUCAUUGAGCUGAUGUGUGUUUUACCAAAUGAUGCAUCGGUUGUGCCAUUAAUUUGCCGGGCCGGAAAUGUCCUCUGAAGGUUCAAGUGCAUACUUAGCGCGGGUUCUACCAUUUCAUAACCGGUUAUUGCACUGUAUCGUGACGUGUUACAUAAAUUGCACUGCCCAGCGCACGGUCAAUCAGAUGUUCAUGGAGCGGGGCCAGCGUGUCUGUCGGUUUUGGGGGCUGAUCUCUGUGUGUGCUUGGCGCCAUGCUGCCGCUCGCCGUCGUUAGUCGUGACGAUUCAUGGCCAAUUUCUGAUUUCGUGUUGACGCAUUUCUCCUAUUUUUGAAAAAUGGCGGCCAACAGCUUUUCCAGAAGUACUUUUAAUUUACCAUUACAGGGAAUAGUCAUUGUUUUGCCACUUUGGUGCGUUUCCAGAUUGGGGAAAGUUUUUACCAUAGUGAUCUAGUUGGUACUCUGGCAAAUGUCAGUCAUGUUUCUGACUUCCCUGUGUAUGCAUAGAUAAACCGUGCAUAUUAUUUAUAUAAUAAUUAAGUGUUUCUAGCACUCUAUAUCAUUGAGGGGGACUGAUGUAAAUUGAUAUUAUAUGUUCUAUUGGUAAGUACGUGUUGAUUUGAUCUAUGGAGGUUCGCCACUUUUUUUUUUUGGUUUGUUUUUUGGAGUCACAGUUAACUAGAAUUAUUAGCGUCAUUUCAAACAAAACAAAAAAAAGGCUGUAAAUGAAAAGCCUGACGGUUUGAACUUUAAGCUUAUAGGUUUCUAUUUCUCCGCUGUCCCUCUGAAGUAAUCUGUGAAGUUUAGAAAAACGAUGAACCUUUCCUCAGACUGAGAGUUGAUGCAUUUCUUAUGUACAUUUCCUUUAUGUCCUCCAUACAAAAUGAACGUGUGGUGAGAGAUACGUAAUUGCUGCAUAAAAGGGAACUUGCCUUUAAAACAAUGACCAAACUAAAAGGGAACUGAACUGGUAUUUAUUUGACAAGUAAAAACUGAAAUUUCUCACUAGAGAAAAUCAGUUUUUGAGGACAUGGCUACUGUUGGAUUAAUUGUUUUUUGUGCAGUUGUGUAUCAACUGUUUUUUUUUAAGCCUUGAAGCGAGUUUUAACUACAUUCUGGAAAAAAAAACCCAAUGAAGUGCCUCCUUUUUAGUAGUCUAGUCCAGGUUAGUGCCCAUGAUACGGUUUGCACUUUGUGUGUCACUUCAGUCAUUCACAUGAUGUAAACAUGUACACGCACAAACACACACGCACACAAGUUUUAAAGAGAGGUGUUGUACUGCGCUGAUUGCAUGUGAAGCCAAACCUGACGGAGUCCUUCUGAAUAAAACCUGUGCUGGCCUGAACACAACUGUGUAGUUCUUUUAGAAAUGUGAACGUGUUUGUAUUAUGAUAGCGUACAUGAAUAUCUUGAAAGGUAAACGUAAAACUUUUAAUAAUAAAUGGUAAGGAAUACUGA